AUGAAGGUGCCAAAGACUAUCACUUACAAUAGUCUUAUUGAUCAAUUGUAUACUUUAAUCGGAGCUGACAAGUCUCGUAUUGAUCUUGACUUAAAUGUAAUCUAUCAUUUUGGAAGUAAAGGUAUCCCUCCAUCUUUGAUUAGUAAUGAUGAUGAUGUUGCUUUUUUUCUUGAUGAGAUAAGAACAUCUAUCAAUCAUCGGACACCCCUAUGUGUGUCUACUAUAGAGAAGAGAAGUAAUGAUCCUUUGGUUACUAAAACACGUGAGUUGUAUACUAUUCCUCCAGUUGAAACCAAAGUGAAUGAUGAUUUUUGCAUUGAUGGCAAUGAAGACAGUUGGGAAAAAGGCUCUACUUCAGCCUCAACAGCUCAAUUACUGACAUCUUCUUCAAGUAUCAAUUCGUGGGAAAUAAAAGAGGGUCAAAUAUUUGAGAACAAGCAAGAGUUGAAGAUGAAACUCCAUCUUUAUGCAUUAAAGAAAAACUUUGAGUUUAAAGUAAAGAAGUCUGCGAAAAAUAUAUGGUGUACAGUAUGUGUUGAUGAUAAAUGCAAAUGGAGGUUGAGGGCUACAAAAUUGGUUAAUUCCAAUAUGUUCGAGGUUCGUAAAUUUUUCGGUGAACACACAUGUUCAUUGGAUGUUCGACAUAAAGAUCAUCGUCAGGCAUCCCCAUGGCUUAUUGGACAUGUCAUAAGGAGAAAAUUUGAGGGUGAUAAUGUUAAUUACAAGCCAAGGUCACUUGUAAAAGAUAUGAGUUUAUCAUAUGGAGUUCAUAUGAGCUAUGCUAAAGCUUGGAGGUGUCAAGAGCAUGCAUUGGCUUACAUAAGAGGUACACCAGAAUCAUCAUUUCAGAAACUUCCUUCAUUUCUAUACAUGAUGGAGCAAAAAAAUCCUGGAACUGUUACUCAUUUGCAGAUGGACAAUGAAGGUAAGUUCAAAUAUUGCUUCAUGGACUUAGGUGUUUCUAUAAUGGGGUUUAAAACAUAUAUUCGCCCAGUUAUAUGUGCUAUGGGACAAGAUGCUAACAAGAAAAUAUAUCCAAUUGCAUUUUCAGUAGUUGACUCAGAGAAUAAUGACUCAUGGUUGUAUUUUCUACUGAGGUUGAAGGAAGCGAUUGGUGAAGUGGAGAAUCUAGUAUCGUGUCUGAUAGACAUACUAGUAUAG